UUCACACCUUCUUCUGAACAAUGUUCUCUGUUUCACUCAUCGGCUCUUUGUGUCCUUUUCUCUCCAUUCUUCUUUCUCAUCAUUUCUUUUUUUCAUGGUCUUUUCUGUCCUCCAUCACUUGUUUUUAUUCACGCCUCUUUUUCUUUUCAAGUCUUUUCCUGUUUUCAUACUUUUUAUAUUUCCUUUUUUUCUUUUAUUCUUCACUUAUCCUCAUCCACUCUUUGGUUUCCUUUCCUUUCCCUUUGCUCCUUUCCUUUGGAUGUGUUUCUCCUCUUGUAGUUUUCCAUUCCCUUCUUUACUCGUCAGUACGUCUCCUCCCGGCGGCUUGUCUUCAGGUCAGCCCUGACAGUUCUCAGUUCUUCAUGUACGACACCAUCUCCCUGAACUGUGAAGACCUGAACAACUCCAGCCGCUGGAAGGUGAAGAGGAAAACCUCAGAGAGCGGACUCAGGUCCUGCGCCUCUGGUUGGGGCUCCAGCUCUUCAGACUCCACCUGCACCAUUGGAAACAUCUACCCGUCAGACAGCGGCCUCUACUGGUGUGAGUCUGCGGACGGCGAGCGGAGCGGCAGCGUCAACAUCACCAUCACUGAUCGCUCUGUGAUUCUGCAAAGUCCGACGCUCCCUUUGUCGGAGGGAGCUGCUGUGACUCUGCACUGCAAAGAGACGUCGUCCCCCAGCCGCGUCUUCAACUUCUUCAAAGAUGGCCGCCACAUCGGCAACAGCUCCUCAGGGGAGAUGAGCAUUCGCCGUGUUUCCAAAUCUGAUGAAGGACUCUACAAGUGCAGCAGCUCCGGAGGUGAAGAAUCUUUAUCCAGCUGGUUGACUGUUCACGCUUCAUGUCCAUCUUCGUCCUCAUGUCCGCCUGCAGCUUUAAAUCCAUCGUCUGUCUUCAGGCUGAUGUUUCACCUGCUGGUGGGAACGCCUUACCUGCUGUCCACCAUCUUACUCGGACUCAUAUACAGAGACAGGAAGAGAGAGAAAGUUAAACCUGAUGUUUGUUGCUGCAGCAGCUCGGACACUGGCAGAGAGAAGCAGCCAUGAUGUCAUCAUGGAAAUCGAAGCAUAGCCUGGAAACAAGUGGGCAAGAAAUUCUGCACCAUGCGAGAAUCGUCGUGGGAGAGUCAGUGACGAUCACUCGAGGUUUAUCUGCUGGAUGUUUGUGUGCGAUGGGUCAGCACAGAUUGUAGGUCGGGGGGGUGGUGAGAUCGGAUUCAAAGUAGGUGAGCGUCAGUUCUCAGAAGAGGAAGUUUGAAAUCCCACAAACAGCCCAGCAGUCAAAAUCAAAACUUGUUUAAGUCAAACACGCGACUGCAGUGGAAACAGGUGGAGUUCUGUGGCUUCAAUGACCUAAAUGCUGUGUUUUCUGUCGUGGUUGGAAACUGCUGCCAACUGAAGUCUCUGUUCUGUAGCUGAAUAAACCAAAG